UAUCAACUUAGCAUUGGUAUUAUAUAUUAUAGCAAAUAGUUGACUCCCACCAGCCAUCAGUCGUCAGAUUGAGACCUGCUGACCACUGGUUAAUCAUCAGUCACCAGCAAUCAGCCCACAAAAUUAUAACGUAAAUAAAUUUAUACCUGAGGAGUGAUAAAAAGUAGCCUGAGACGCAUUGCGAUGAGUGCUAUCCAGAAACCGGAGGUGAUUUUCGUGCUCGGUGGCCCCGGAGCAGGAAAAGGUACCUCUUGCAAGGACAUUGUCAAAAAGACCGGCUAUGUUCAUCUAUCAGCUGGGGACCUGCUCAGGGAAGAGCAGAACAAACCCGGCUCCGAGUUUGGUGAACUUAUCAAGGGUCAUAUUGUCGCUGGAACCAUUGUACCCGUUGAAAUAACCUGCAGCUUGCUGGAUCGGGAAAUGCAGAACUCGCCGAGCCCACACAAGCGGUUUCUUAUUGAUGGGUUUCCUCGCAAUCAGGAUAACCUCGAAGGCUGGACUAGGAACAUGACUGAUAAGGCGAUCGUAAAGGCAGUAUUGUACCUCGAAUGCAGCCAAGAAGUCUGUACACAGCGUUGCAUAAACAGAGGAUUAAAAGGAAGCGGAAGGAGUGACGACAAUGCUGAAUCUCUGGUGAAGCGACACCAAACCUUCAUCAAGGACACCAUGCCGAUAAUAAAAUACUAUGAAGAACGCGGGUUGCUCUUCAAGUUCAACUCUAUGAAACCUCCCAACGUUGUUAUGGAAGAAAUUUACGAAAAGUUCAAGGAAAUUGGUUGGGCUACAGAUUAGAUUUUUAAUUCUAAAGAA